CUUUAUAAACACCUUUCAGGCCCCAAACAUUUCCACAACAAUAAUAGCAUCAAUCCCAAACACAAUAAUGGCGAGCACCAGUACCAUCUCCAUGUUCCUUCUUCCCGUAGUUCUAUUGAUAUGGGUGUCUCCUGCAGUACUCUCAGAGAAGUGCAGCCCACACGAGAAAAAAAUCCUCCUCCAAGUGAAGCAAGAAUUCGGCAACCCAUCCAUGCUCUCUUCAUGGAACGCUUCCACCGACUGCUGCACCAGCGCCUGGGAAGGCAUCGAAUGCACCACCGAGAAGCCUUACCGUGUUAGCCAAAUAGAGCUACAUGGGCUGGACCUCCCCGGCCCAGUUGACCUCCCUCCCUCUCUAUUUAACCUCGUUGAUCUUGAUGAGCUCUUAAUUUUUGAAAUGCCCAACCUAAAAGGCCAAAUUCCUCCCCAGAUCUCAAACCUCAAAAAACUUACAGUCCUUUACUUAUUCAGCACUAAUGUCUCAGGCCCAAUACCAGAAUCUCUAGCCCAAAUCAAGACCCUCACGAACAUUAACCUCGCCGGCAACAAUCUCUCCGGCCCACUCCCUCAUCUCCUCCCCUCACUACCCAGCAUCAGGGUGAUCUUCGCCGACGAAAACCGCAUCUCUGGCCCAAUCCCUGAUUCCUACGGUUCCUUCGCGUCCAAGAGCCUUGUGACGCUGACUCUCUCUCACAACAUGCUUUCUGGGAAGAUUCCGGCGGCGUUGAAGGGGCUGGACGCGGAGCUUCUGGAUCUUUCUUGGAACAAGCUCGAGGGAGAUGGUUCGGUGCUGUUUGGGGCGGAGAAAAAGACGGAAGAGAUAACCCUUGCGGGAAACAUGCUAUCGUUCGAUAUCGGGAAAGUGGAGUUUGGUAGGAACAUAACGAGGUUGAACCUGAAGCACAAUCGCAUUUACGGGAAGCUCCCCGAGCAACUGACGCAGCUGAAGCAGCUAACCAGGUUUAAUGUUAGCUAUAAUCAAUUGUGUGGACCUAUUCCCCAAGGCGGAAGAUUGCAGGGUUACUACGCCAUUGAUGCUUCUUCGUUUGCACAUAACAAGUGUUUGUGUGGGUCCCCCCUUCCUCCAUGCAAGUGAUGAUAUUUAACGGUCAUCACUCUUCAUGUCAUAACUCAUGAAAGAUUAAUUAUUCUAGUUACAGCACUAAAUAAAUGCUUCAACAAAUAAUUUCGAAUGGGUUUGAGGGCCCAACAGUCUUCUCACUGUGCCACCUGGGUGAUGUGCAUACGCGGAGACAAUAAUGUUGAAUGUUAAGUUUGUGAAUUUCAGUGUGUUACAAUGAAUCUUGUGGCGGUUUAUAUGUUAAUAAAUGGUUCUAAUAAGAAGAAAGAAAUCAUCAGCGAGUCAA